AAGACGACGAAAAUGAAGACUUACAAAAGGAUCAAAUACAUGUAGCCGAGGAUUUGCAAGAAGACGAAUUAGACGAUGAAGCUGAAAUUCGGCGUCGACAACUUAAAAGGUCUCGUGAAAGUGAUAGCGAGGAGACUUCAGAAUAUGAAACAGAUUCCGAAGAGGAAGAACAAUCAUCAAGAAAAUUAUUGAAGCCCGUAUUCAUACCAAAAGCGCAUAGAGAAACGGUGUUGGAAAGAGAAAGAAUGGCGAAAUUAGAAGAAGAAGCUGAACUCAAAAGAAUACAAGAACUUGAGGAAAGGAAGAAAGAAUCACAUGCGAUGGUUGCAGAAGUAGUUCAAAAAGCGUUGCAAAAAGAGGUGAAUGAGGAUACUGGAUUGCAAGAAAUUGAUGAUACUGAUGGCCUAGAUGAACAGGCAGAAUAUGAUGAAUGGAAAUUGCGUGAAUUAAGAAGAAUUAAGAGAGACAAAGAAGAAAGUGCAGCGAGGGAAAAAGAACGUGAAGAGAUUGAGCGCAGACGUAAUAUGUCUGAGGAACAUCGUAUGAAAGAAGAUAUGGAACGUAUCAAAAAACAGCGUGAAGAAAAACCCAAAAGUCAAUACAAAUUUCUACAAAAAUACUAUCACAAGGGCGCAUUUUAUUUGGAAAAUGAAGAUGUUUUUCAACGUGAUUAUACUAAAGCAACUCCAGACGAAGUGGCGCACAAGGAAGAUUUGCCCAAAGUGAUGCAAGUUAAAAAUUUCGGUCGUGCAGGGCAAACUAAAUGGACGCAUUUGGCAGAUCAAGAUACAUCAACGAAAGAUGUGCCUUGGAAUCAGAAAACGGAAAUUAAUAAGCGAACGAUAUCAAAAUUGGGUGGUUUACAUGGAGGUUUUGAUAAGCCCACAGCAAAGAAAAGGAAAUCAUAA